GGGCAGGUUGUCCAGAGAGGCUGUGGAGAUAAUCAAACCCCACCUGGAUGCCAUCCUGCUCAAUGUGCUGUAGGUGAUCCUGCCUGGCAGGGUAGUUGGAAUAGCUGAUCUUCAGAGGUCCCUUCCAACCUCAGCCAUUAUGUGAUUUUUUUAAAAGUUUAUGCUCUUUUAAUCUCUUUAGAAAGGCAAAAAUAAGGGUGUUUUUGCCCUUUUUUAUGUUAUCACUAGGGCAAUGUUAUCACCCUGACAGAGCACCUUGAGAAGAACCAUCAAAUGUUUUACUUCCUUCCUUCCUUCUUUACUUCCUUCCUUUUCCCCCUAAAUUUCUUUACAUUUAAUUUGACUAUUCACCUCACCAUUUUAAGUUAAUAUCAUUCUUUAAACUGCUCUAACAAUUAUUCACACCUAUAAACUUCCUUUCAGCAGCCUUGUUACAAUUUUGUCCUAGAUCUAUUAUCUGCAGCAGCAAACUCUGCUCCUGCUUGCUGCUGGCUACAUUGCAGCACAGCUUUGACAGGCAACUCAAAUUUUCUAAUCAAAUUUGUUUUUUCUUCUGUUCUUGCAGUUUGUGCAGUCCCAGUAAGAGUUUGUUCUGAUUUCAGCAGUCUAAGGACCAGACAGCUCAUCCAAACUAGUCAUCUCACUCCAGCUGCAGUCGAUAGGGAGUGAUAGUCCUUUGGGACGUGAUUCAUCCCAGAUGACUUAGAACCCAGUGUCUUAAUGUGCUGGUUCACACUUAGGCACGGCUGUCUAUCUCCAUUGACUAUAGCCUGCUGAUUAUUUGAGAGUAGACAUUUAGUGUUUUGAUGACUUAAUUUAGCCUGGAUUAAUUUAAUCUACUGGGUUUUUGUGACUUGCAGAUAAAAGACAAACUGAUGAGAUCAGCUAUGUAGCCAGUUCUUCAUCCUGUGCUUUAAUAUCAUUCUCUGGUUAGCCUCUGUGGAGUUCAGUAGCUCCAGGGUAAGUGGGAUGAGUGAGGUGGGGGAGGUCUGGCUUGUAGUCUGGGGACUUCUGUGCUCCUCCUGUGGAUGAUUUUUCUGUGGUCUGGGUGCAUUUCUAACACAGUGUUCUAAAUCCCAUAUUAAUGUUUGUCUGUAUUGUUAUUUUCCAAAAGUAACUUAAUGGUACUUCUGGGAAAACUGGAAUUAACAACUCCCCAACUAUGUGGCAUGUGGACAAUAUCUUUGUUCACACUGCACCAGACUCAGACUUGAUUUGCACUGUCCCUUCCUUGAGAAAUUUACAGGGAGAUGCUAAAAGACCAUAUGAGCUAUUGCUCUUGUGGUAUCUAAUGAUGUGAACCGUGCUAAGAUUCCUGCUGAGUUUCAGACAAAUACCAUGGCCCUGUGAUAACAAAAAGAUGGUGGUUUGGAUUCCCUGCUGGGUGCCAGUGUAGCAGAGCCCAGGCUCCCAGGAAAUGCUAAACAGGAGCUAUGUUUCAAGGAUUAAUUAGUUUCUUGGCCAAGUCUCAUUACCCACUUGGGAUAUAUGUAUUUCAUUAUAGCUGCCACUGAGAAGCAUGUUUGAUUUGGAACAAAAUUCAAGUAGGAACAAGUUUCAACAUCUGCAUUUCCACUGAGAGCACAAUGAGAGACAAAACAGGUUAGAGCAUGCUUGGCCAAGGGUGGGGACCUGUCAGGAGAGAAAGGGAGGGCAGUGCAUGAAUCAGUUACAGGGAAAGGGAAGGAGCAGCUAGAAGAGAUGAUCUUCCUCCCCUUGCAAAAGGGAUACUCUAAGUCCCAGUUAUCAAGCGUGCAGUUGGCGGAGCUGCGAGAGGGAGCUGAGAGCCUGCUCCUCCCAUAGGGUGGGAGGCUGUACCUCGUGAUUCACUUCCAACCGGAGGAGUGGAGCUCAUGCUGAGUCCUGAAGGAACCUGUUGGGAGGAACUCAGGAGUGCAGGAAAGGGACAGAAAAUACCUGGAAUCAGCCGGAGGACUGACACGGCUGGAGAGGCUCUUCUUAUCAUCAAUAGCUCUGGUCAUGUUCAACUACCUGGCAGUAGAGGUGAGACCCCAGUUCCACCGCAACUAUGGGAGCCAGCAAGGGAUGUCUGGGCCACUAAGGAACCGCCUGGAGCAGCUGAAGAAGCCGUGGUGGAGGGAGCCCACCCCCCUGGUGCUCCAGCACAGUGAAACAGCCAGGCUUGCCGUUGACGCCUUUCUUGAGCAGGGGGAACGCGGCUACCUGAGUGCCAUCACUGAGGAACGGGAGCUGCCUUUUCUUUCCACCCUGGACAUGGAAUAUAUGAGCCACCAGAGAAACCUAAGCUAUCCAGAACUCGAUACAAUCAAAGACAAAGAGGGUGACCCCGGUGAUGCAGAUACUGGAGACAGGUCCUCCCUCUGCUCCGAACUAACAUCUGGCACCUACUUCCCACUCAUGUCUGAUGUGCACCCUCCUGAGCUGGAGCUGGGGUGGCCAGGAAUCCCACUCCUCACAGUGUCUGGCCAGACUCAAGCCACUGUGAUUUUCCAAAGAAACAAAGCUAACAGCAUUAAGGAUUUGUUCCGGUCUCUGAUCAGCCGGGCACGGACGGUGAUAGCAAUUGUGAUGGAUCUGUUUACAGACAUGGAAAUACUGUGUGACCUACUGGAGGCCUCAAGCAGACGGCAUGUCCCUGUUUACCUGAUCCUGGAUGAAGAAUACUUGAAGCAUUUUGUGGAAAUGUGCAAUAAAAUGUCUCUUACUCAGGACAGCUUUCCAAACAUGCGCAUAAGAUGUCUGAGUGGAGACACAUAUUACAGCAAAGCAGGCAAGAAAUUUGCAGGCCAGGUUCUGGAGAAGUUUAUCCUGAUAGAUUGCGACCAAGUUCUAGCUGGUACAUACAGUUUCACCUGGCUUUGCAGCCAAGUCCACACCAGCCUGGUGACCCACUUCCGUGGUCAAAUAGUUGCAGAAUUUGACAAGGAAUUUCGGUACUUGUAUGCAGAGUCCAAAGCAGUGACCAGCUUCUCUGUGUUGGAUCCCGUGUGUCAGAACACCUCAAAAGGUACUGAAUCCUUUUUGAAGCCCAUCCAGAAUGAUGCUGAAACCCUGAGUGCCUCCAGCAGCCUCUCCAAUGUAAGCAUCAGAAGCAUAAAAAUGUCUCCCUUUAUGAAAAACCCCAGUUGCAAUGCUCACCAGGAGAAGCAUGAUGUGAGCCCUGAUUCUGGUGAUAAGAAGGGGAAGGAAGACACAUCUCUGAAGUCCACUUGCCCUGUGCAGCAAGGGGAACCACCAGACUCACCUAACAGUCCUUCAAAUAAGUCCGCCUUGUAUCAUAAAUCAAAUCUCAUGACAGCAAGGACAUUUUUGCAGCCGGAGCCAUCCCCUGUCCUCAGCUCCAACAAACCUAAUUAUCAAGGGGAUGACAAAACAAACAGCGGCCACUGCUCCCCAGUGACACAGGAGCAGACACCACAGUUCCCUUCAGAGGGUGCCAAUUGCACUGGGACAGGCAUAAAGCAGAAAGAAGCUGCUGCUACCUCCAGGGAACCAACAGUAGAAAAUGAUAACUUUUAUGGGACAGAAAAAAGACAGAAUCCUGGACAAGGAAAAUUGGACCUGUUAUUACCAUACAACCAGCUCAAACGCACAAAAAAGCCUGCAGUUCCUUCCUAUGAUAAACUUACUGAGGACAUGUUGACGGAAAAGAGCAGCGCAUACGGGGCUGAGAAAAGAAUGACUCUUGGGCACAGUAAGCUGGAUCUGAUCACCAAAUACAACAAGUUAAAAUCUAAACACAUACACAGUCGGUUUGAACUCUGACCUGGUUCUCCUGGGCCUUGGUGUGUCCUUUGGUCUUAUUUUCAAGUGGUUGCUUUUCCCUACCAAUCAACAUAGUCUGGGGCUUGAAAUCAAAGUACAGGUGGCAAAUUAGUCCUGUUCCUAUCAAAAGGUGUUUGUGCUGUGCUGCAAUUUCUAAUAUACGUAAAUGACUGAUUAAGAUGAGAUUAGCAAGUACAAUUCAAUCUUUCAAUUACGAGUUGAUAGCAAGGGAGAAAAAAUGACAUAAACAGAAUGCACACUUCUAUAUACUUUUUACUCAUUUGUAAAAGAACUAUUUCCCCCCAAACUUACAGGAAAACCACUGCUAUAACUGGAAACUGUUUGGCUACUGAGGUUUUCAGGGUGAACCCAGGUUCUCUUUGUAUGGAGCAAUUCCUCUCCCUGUAGCCAUUUGCUAAAAAUGAAAUGGUCAAAUGCAGGGUGAUGUUAAAAAAUAAAGGCACUGUUCUACUGGAAA